UGGUUCAUUUUAAAUUAAAAAUUAUAUAUUUUAGACUCUGAACCCCCCAGUGCGACUGUUCGGGAAUGUGAAAAGCCCCAAAAUGUGUCAGUGGCGACCGACCCUAAGAGACACCCUGUGUAUGACUGAGUUUAGGGUGGGUUGAGUGUACAGUGUUACUAGUCACAGCUGAUAUGUUAGUCACUUGGCUAGUGACAAGCUGGUUAGUCACCCAAGGGUGUCUAGCAGCUGUAGACACCCAGACUCCAGGUUGCCAGUUUCAUCCCCUCUGCACAUGCGACCGAGAGCUCAGGGAGAUCAACUGCAAGAACGCCGGGUUCGAGCAGAUCCCGCCGCUGCCCUCUUCACUCAUUAAACUGGAUCUCUCGACGAACAACAUCACGGAACUGAAUGAGAUGAGCUUUUCUGACCUGUUGGACCUUGAAGAACUGAUCUUGGCAGAUAACUUGCUGGAGAGGAUUCAUCCAAGAGCCUUCUCCUUCAAUAGCAAACUCAAGAGGCUCUCGCUACAAAACUGUGGAUUGGCGGAGAUUCCAGUGGAAGCUCUACAACCUCUUAAUCAGCUGACCACAUUACAACUAGAUGGUAACCAACUAUGGAGGGUGGAGCCUGAGAGUUUCCAGAACUUGGGUCAGCUGCGGAGUUUGAGGCUUGAAGGCAACAAACUAGACAAUGUUCCUACUGAUGCGUUACUUUCUCUUACACUUCUUGAGGCCUUAAAUCUCGGAAGCAACCAGUUGACAAGUUUGCAUUCAAACGCUUUUCCGGAAAUGCGAAACCUUGUGAUUUUGUUGAUAAAAAAGAACAGGAUUUUUGAGAUCGAUGAUGACGCAUUUUCAAACUUGACAUCUUUACGUGUAUUAGAGUUGGAUGACAAUCACCUGACCAUUGUACCAGCUGCUCUCACCAAGCUCACUGCGUUGCAAGAACUGUCCGUCUCUGGGAACCGCAUCAAGUACAUCCCUGCAGGAGUCCUACAACACUCCCGGGGCCUCGCCCUACUGGAGCUCAAGGGCAACCCACUCGUUGGGGUCGACCCUCACGCAUUCUCCUUCCUGCCAAAGCUCAGGAAACUUAUCCUGUCGGACGCCAAGGAGCUGAGCAAGUUCCCCAGUUUGAACGGGACGUCCGCACUGGAGGUGUUGCGUCUGGACCGCGCCAGUCUACACACUGUACCCCCCACCUUGUGCCAUACCUGCCCUCGACUGAAGAGUCUAGACAUAAAAUCAAAUCAGCUGACCUCAGUACCUGAUAUCACGGCUUGUAAGGAUUUGAGAGUUCUGGAUCUCAAGGGUAACAAGAUCUCGUCUUUGGAGGGUCGACUGUUCCAGGGUCUCUCCCGCCUACAUGAUCUCCUGCUCAGCCACAACCUCAUCACUGCCAUCCCACAGGAUGCCUUCUAUGGCCUGGAGAAGCUUCAAGUCUUAGAUCUGGAGAAUAACCUCAUACAAGACAUCCACCCUGAAGCCUUUUUGGCAUUUACCCAUCUAGAGGAUUUGAACCUAGGCAACAACAUGUUCCCUAUUCUACCGACGGCGGGGCUCGACCGGCUGCUGCAUCUCAAGACGUUCAACAACCCGCGUCUGAGAGAGUUCCCACCCCCGGAGAGUUUUCCCCGAGUACAGACACUGGUGUUGAGUUACGCCUACCACUGCUGCGUGUUCCUGCCUCUUGUUCCAGCAGAGCCCCCACCGCGGCCCCCGCUGCGCGAGUCUGUGCUCUUCCCCACAGACAACGAGUUUGACAUGAGUUUGUGGAAUUCCAGUCUCACUGACAUCUGGCCUCAACUUCAAAACCUGAGCAAGAAGUUUGGAACACAAAUAAACGAGUUGUGGGACAAUUUUGGCUCAGAUUUUACUUACCCAGGAAACUUGCCAGCAUAUGUGGAGGAGUAUUUUGAAGACCAAGAGAAAAACCAAAACGAUCUGCCUCCAGGACGGAUACAAUGUCUGCCUGCCCCAGGUCCAUUUCUACCUUGUGUGGAUCUGUUUGACUGGUGGACCCUCAGAUGUGGAGUGUGGGUUGUCUUUCUCCUUGCGAUGCUGGGAAACGGGACUGUGGUCUUCGUCCUCAUCUUCUCACGCAGUAAAAUUGAUGUUCCUCGAUUCUUAGUCUGCAAUCUUGCAGCUGCAGAUUUUUUCAUGGGGGUAUAUUUAGGUCUGUUGGCAGUAGUGGACGCUUCCACGUUAGGAGAGUUCCGGAUGUAUGCCAUCCCUUGGCAGAUGUCAGCCGGGUGUCAGCUGGCAGGGUUUCUCGCUGUUCUCAGCUCGGAGCUGUCGGUCUACACUCUGGCAGUGAUCACUCUGGAGCGUAACUAUGCCAUCACACACGCCAUGCAUCUCAACAAGCGACUCUCCCUCAAGCAUGCCGGCUACAUCAUGCUCUGUGGCUGGACAUUUGCCAUCGGCAUGGCUGUGCUGCCACUGGUCGGUGUUAGUGACUAUCGCAAGUACGCUACUUGUCUUCCCUUCGAGACAAGCACCACCGGGAGUCUCCUCUAUGUCGUAUUUCUGAUGUUCAUCAACGGAGUAGCCUUCCUCAUUUUGAUGGGUUGUUACCUUAAAAUGUACUGUGCAAUUAGAGGUUCUCAAGCCUGGAACUCUAACGACUCAAGAAUAGCUAAAAGAAUGGCACUUUUAGUUUUUACAGACUUUCUUUGCUGGUCUCCGAUCGCGUUUUUCUCUCUAACAGCUGCUUUUGGACUACAUCUCGUAACUUUGGAACAAGCCAAAGUGUUUACUGUGUUUGUACUACCGUUAAACUCCUGUUGUAACCCAUUCUUAUACGCUAUUCUCACUAAACAGUUCAAGAAAGACUGUGUUUUGAUUUGUAAAGCCAUAGAAGAAUCUAGAGUUACUCGGGGAAUCGGAAGGUGUCGUCACAGUUCUAAUUUUAGUAAUCGGCAAACUCCAGCCAACACCAACAGUUUAGUCGACAGAUCUUCUAGAGAUCACAACCAACAUCCUCCUUGCAGCUGCAACAUCAAAUUGCUCAACGACACUCAGACCCAGCGGCAGACCCCGAGGAUCUGGCUGUUCAACAAGUUUCGCUGGUUCUUCCUCUGCAUCAACAGGGAUCUGGACGCUAGGCAUCGCAUGAGGUCUGACCAAUACGCUUAUCAGAUUGCUGAGAUCCAGCAAAAACAGCACAAACGAGCAUCCAGCGUAUCAUCAAGCGAGAACUUCAGCUCCUCCAGGUCAGACUCAUGGAGGCAAAAUCAUCAUCAUUGCGGGAUCCCAAUGCGGCUCUUGGAUCCCAAGAGGCGUGCCUCGUCUUGGAUUGUGACUCGUAAAACUUCUCAGGACUCUAACUUGUCCAGUUCGAGGAAUGACUCAUCAGGUUCCGCAACGACAGCAAGUACAACAAUGUCGCGUGUGUCACGCUCUAGUGCGAGCAGUGCGAGUGACAGGACCAAGCCGCGGCUGACUAGACAGAGUGCUAUCUCAGACGACACUGAGUUGCCCGGCAGUCCUGCACGCCUCACUGUGCGUUUCCUCACCACCAUCCCCUCCGCAGCCGAGGCUAGUCAGCAGGACGACGAGACCUCUCCCUGCUAUGCCAUCCUCCACGCCACGCCUGAAUCUUCCCCCACUCCUAGUCACUCCUUGCCUAGGCAUAGGAAAGACUUUUCACCCUCUAAAGAUAAAAAGUCACCCUCCUGACUCUAAAUUACCUCAAAACUCCUUUUUGUGAUUAAUCUAGUAAUCUAGUUCUAAGGUGUUUUUAAAGGUUUUGUAUUUGCCUCAAUAGUGUUAUUAAAUUGCAAAAGGUAACUAUUAUUCUUGAUUAUUUUAAAUAAAUAGCUUACUUUCAAUAAACAAAUUUUCAAAUAUAAGCAAAGGUCAUACUUAAUUAUUUUGAGUCUGUAUUUUCUUGUAAAAUCAAAUACCAAUACUUUACUGUAGUUCAGUUACUGUAAAAAUAUCUCAAUAAAUUGUGAUAAACUUUUAUACAUUUCCAUUUAUAUUAAAGUCAACUGAUUAUUUAAGAUCAACUUUGAUUUGUCAAAAUGGAUAUAAAUAAUUUCAUGUUUUUCAUUCUUAGGCUACAUGAACAUCAUACCAGCGGACACCCACUGGUGUUGGUCUGUAGUAUUAAUAAAUAAACUUGGAUUAAAUAUCAAAAUUACAUUUUACUACAGUAAGCAAUACAACAACAUUUUUAAUAAAAUUUAAAAUUAAUUUACUAUUGUCAGACAUAAUUCAUCUGAUGAAUACAGUUUUUGAUUGAGAUACCAGCUUAUAGUCUGUAUGAUGGGACCUGUCUCCGUCUCCUGACCAGAGGUCUACCUGGGACUGUCCCGGGCGUUGAACCAUUGGCCAAUCUCCAGGUACACCGGAAUGGAAGAUAAGCCUUAUUUUUUUUAAUUUAUAAAAUUGAAAUAAUCAGCGUUCAGAGAAAGUCUGAGAGACUUUGCACUGAUUAAAUCAACAAUCCUUCACAAUUUACCCAAAAGAGAGGGGUUUUUUUCAAAAUAAAUGAUUUAUUGUGCUGCUAUAAUCCAAAUAAUUUUCAUUAAAUGGGUGCAAAGACCUUGAGUUUGAAAUAGAUUUAUUUAUUUUUGUCUAAAACUAUGUCUGAUUAAUGCUUAUUUAGGUUUUUCAUGUCAGCUGGUUUGAAUCAAAUUCGAACUAGGGAUCUUCUUCAAAAUCAACAAUAGUACAUUUUAUGAAUGUUUAAUAUUAAUUUGAAGAUAUUUUUAUAAAUGUUACUACAAUACUUUGAGAUCUGCUCAUUAAUAGUAGUAGCUAAGCUAAUUAGGGGAUAGAACCAUGAUGAUUUUAGGGAUGUUUUAAUAAAAUAGCUUGGUAAACAAUGCAGUUUUGUGGAUACACAUUCUAAUCAGCAGAAUUGAUAUUUUUAUACCACUAAUUUAUUUGCUAUCACUUUGACAAUAAAUUAUGAUUUUUGGCGUAUUGAAUUUUUAGAAUAUUGUUUAAUUUUCUGUUGCCAAAAAUAUUGAAAUAUAUUUUACUGUUUUUUUAUCAUUUUAAAAAAUCUAGCAAAGGGAUGUUACUGCCUAACCCUGAGUAGUCCAGGGAAAAUAUUAUACAAGUGAUAUUGGUACUAAAAGGUAAUGAUAAUAUUUUUGGAACACAUAUUUAUGAAUAUUUGUUAAGUAGGGAAAUAGUUGUUAUAUCAAUGAACAGUUUAAGAAUUCCUUCCUAAAUUUUGUUGAGUUAACACCUACCUACAGUAUUCCAAAACUAAUUUGUGCUCAAAUGUGGUUACCAUGACAUGGCGUCAUUAAAAUAAUUACUAAUUUAAAAAAUCUCUCAAGCUGUUUGGUAUAUCAUUAUAUGUUAUUAUCUGAUGUAUAUGACCUGGUCCACUUGUGAGUGUGUAAAGUAAUUUAUAUUUUAAAUGUCUAUAUUUUAUAAACGUUCUUUUUUUUUUUAGCCAUCCAAAAGAUCUGAAAUUUAUUUUACUGGACAACCUCUAUCUAUAUUCUAUAAUUGCUGAUCUUAUUACAGUAAAUUUUUACUAUCAGACCAUUCAGACCUAAUUAGAAUAAACACAAAAUCAAUAUGUACUUAAAGUACUUUUACCAUCAAUGUUAGCAAUUUUUGUGUAGGCCAAUAAUUAAUAUGUGUUUUGAAGAUGAAGCGAAAAGUUAACAGCCAAAAAUAUAAACCAAUACAUAGUAAUUCUACUGCCAUAUUUUUUAUUAGUUUUUCUUGAAGAGUUUCACUGCCAGGUUAUCGAUUAUUCUAUAAGUUUGUUAUAUAAGGGCUCAAAGAGUAGCUUUUAAAGACACCUUUAUGCAAUGUGAUCAAUGACUAGGAAACGAAUGGUGCCAUGUAAAUGCAUUGAGCAAUGGUAUGACUGUGGUACUUGAAGUACUUUAUUUAUGAUUGAUGCAUGUAUGUUGCGUACUUUGUGUAUUGUAAGUUAUUUAUCUGCAGAAUUAUUUUAAUUAAGGAAGAUUGUUUUAUAUCGCCUAAUUUAUGUGUUUUAUACUAUACAUUUGUAAAUGUUUAGCUCA